AUGCAUGAUGGUAUAUGGAGAGCAACUUCAAUUGUCUAUCCAGAAGUCCUUCAUUGCGCAUGUAUGUUCCAUCUGCGGAACAACAUAAAGACAAACAUCAGGAAGAACCAAAAACAAAUCAAAGAAGUAUACUUUGCGUUAGCAAGAGCAUACACUCUUGAAGAAUUCAACAGGCAUAUGGCAGAGUUAGAAGCUAUUGAUAGUAGAGUGAAAACAUACCUGACGGAUAUUGGGUAUGAUAAAUGGUCCCGGGCGCAUUCCAAGGCAAAUAAAAUCAUGACUAUGACAUCGAAUAUUGCGGAAUCUGUAAAUGGAGCAAACAAGCACGCAAGAGACCUUCCGGUGUUUCCAUCAACGGAAUUCUUACAUUUAGUAAUUGAUGGCCAAACAAGAAAUGUAGUGCGCCUACAUGAAAAAAACUUCACUUGUGGGAGGUUUCAGCUCGGCGAUAUUCCAUGUCCACAUGCAAUGGCAGUUAUACAAAAAUUCCAUAUAGAUUCAUACAAGUAUUGCUCGGAUUACUACAGCAUAGACUACUUGCUGAAAACAUAUGAGAUACCAGUAAAUCCUUUGCCUGAUGAAACAACGUGGCAAAUUCCAGAACAUGUCCAAAAGGAAAAAUCAAACUAG